GGUCCGGCCAGUGUGGCCGAACCGUUGGCACGUGCGGCACUGCUGGGGAGGAGGGACCCAGGCCUUUAGUGGGACCAUGAGGUGCCCGCAGUGGAUUGCACGCAGGAGCUUUAGCCCCCUGAAAUUUUGUCUCUUCCGCGCCACGCAUUUGGCACUUAGCAAACAUGAACCUAUGGCGAUGCCGAGGCUGGCGAUACACAGGGAUGACAGGGGGCUGGCGUGACAGGCCUAUUCAAUCGCUAUCGUAUUAAUUAUGUUUUAAAGCUAGGAUCACGAUUUGUGGUGUCCUGUUUUAUGUUUUUUUUUGUGGUGCCUGAGUUUUUAGGAACGCCACUUGGUGAACGCUUAAUAUGGCAGCAUCAGGCACGGAUGUAAACAGUGCCCUAUCGUGCUGUAAUUAUUAUGCAAUAGCUUGGGUUGACAGGGUCUGGUAUGCGGGAGCAGGAGUGUGCAGAUAAUAGAAAGGUUAUUAUUAACUACCGCAUCAAGUCUUGCUUAUGAAAUUUUCUUCGGUUAUGUCCAUCAAAAUGUCUUGUGCGUCUUGUGAUAAUAAAUUGCAUGGGUUGUGUUUGACAGUUCAUGUUGUUUAGGGAAGUGUGAGGCCUAUGCCAUUGAAACUCAGAUUUUGGCCGUUAGUAAAAGGCUUUCCAUCCUAUUGUCCUAGUUAAGAGAUGCCUCUAUUCAUGUUGAGGGGGAUGGAACCCAAGUUAGGAGACUUAACCCCCUUUAUUGGAAGGAAAAGUACACCCCUGUGCUGGUCUAUGUUAUAUUCAACAGCCAUCUUAUCCUCCAAAAUCCUACUGUGGAGGUACUAUUAUGUGAUACUCACACUCUGUAAUGUCAUGUGAUAUGCAACACUGGGAUGAUAGCCUUAUGAGAAAACUUAUUAAAGGAAAAUGAUUUCAAUUACUUCUUGAUUGUAUGAAUUUGCUGUGCCUUUCCUUAUUUUUUCAUCAGUCCUUUAUUGAAUUGUUGUUUAACAAGAUGAUAAUUGUUUUACAAAAAACACAUCUGCAAACAAUGUACUGAUGUGUUCCUAUCUUGAAUUGUCAUGUAUGCUGACUUCUUCAUGUGUAGGAAGCAUCAACCCAGUAGGGAAAUGUUGAACAUUUAUUUAAUGUACUGCACAUGCUGGCACUUGGUAAAAUUCCACACAAUUUGGGGCUGCCACCCUCACCUAUCCUUGCCUGUGGCAGAAGUUGUGCCAGGAGGUACAACUGGUAUCAGGGAACCCAUCCAAAAUUGAGCAGAUGUGGUCUUCCCAAACACAGUUCCAUCUUGCCUUUCCACAGUUCUCUCGAAAAAGUAUCCUAAGUUACCAUUCUGUUCCCAAAAUGUUCUGAUAGGCCUUAUGAUGUGUACUGUGGCCUCAAGUACAGCUGCUACCAAUGGUGAUCGACAUCAAUGCCAGCAGCCCGUCCAUGACGCCACCGCACGCCGCUGAACGCCCGCUCAGUGCUGCCGCCUGGCGGCAGGAGGUAAAAGCCGUAGUCGCGGACAUCGCACCGCAGGUGGCGUCUGCAGCGCCGUCGUCGCUGCCGGCGGACGCGGGCGGCGCGCUCCUCAACAUCACCACGCUGGAGGGGCGGUGUGUGACCGUGCGUCUUUCGGCGGGCGGCUUCGCCGUCUGCGGCGAGGGGCACGACGCCGACGACGGCGGCGACGGUCGGCUCUUCGAGACGCCGUACGCGCUGUUGCACAGCGUUAGUCCCGGUUUCACGGCUGCCUUCGGCCUCCAGCUGGCCGAGCGGCUGGGCCGGCUCGGCGCCGCACCAGCGCCGUCCCAACAGGGCUCGGUGGAUGACCAGGAGGUUGCCGUGGACGGGAGUCGCGCGGUGACGGCACGUGCGACCGACGGCGCCCGGGCGGCAGCCGAGCACGCGCCGGACGGACUCGACGGCGCUGACGGACUGGACAGCGCUGGUCAGAGCCGAUGUGGCCGGUUGUGAUCUGAAGAAGCGAGCGAGAACUCGAGUGUUUAUGCGGCGUAGCGAUAUAGGCACGCACAUGUCAAUCUGGAUCAUGCUGCAUCGUUGUCAGCCCCCGACUGAACGGCACCGGGUGGCA